GUUGAAAGUAUACAUAACAUAUCUGGAAAAUCAAACAUUGUUUUCAAUCUCUUUUAAAGUUUUCAGCUUUAUAUGAUCCUUUGGUAAUUGAAAUAUGGACAGAACAAAUAGAGGAAUGGGUAGCGUUGAUACAUUAUUACGUAACUACAAACUCGGGAAGACUCUUGGCCAUGGUUCUUUUGGAAAGGUCAAAAUUGCUGAGCAUAUCUCUACAGGCUACAAAGUGGCUGUCAAGAUUCUUAACCGUCGAAAACUUAAAAACCCUGAAAUGGAGGAGAAAGUGAGACGAGAGAUUAAAAUUUGUAGGCUAUUUGUGCAUCCUCAUAUUAUAAGACUGUAUGAGGUGAUCGAGACACCCCUAGACAUAUAUGUCGUUAUGGAGUAUGUGAAAUCUGGAGAGUUAUUUGAUUAUAUUGUAGAGAAAGGGAGACUACAUGAAAAUGAAGCUCGGAAAAUUUUUCAGCAGAUUAUCUCUGGAGUAGAAUAUUGCCACCGGAACAUGGUAGUCCACCGAGACCUUAAGCCGGAAAACAUUCUGUUGGAUUCUAGAGGCAAUGUGAAGGUUGCCGACUUUGGGUUGAGUAAUAUAAUGAGAGAUGGACAUUUCCUUAAAACAAGUUGUGGAAGCCCAAAUUAUGCAGCCCCUGAGGUUGUUUCUGGUAAACUUUACGCAGGCCCUGAGGUAGAUGUGUGGAGUUGUGGUGUCAUCCUGUAUGCUCUUCUUUGUGGCACUCUUCCUUUUGAUGAUGAGAACAUUCCCAAUCUUUUCAAGAAAAUUAAGUCAGGAAUCUAUACUCUUCCUAGUCAUUUAUCACCCGGGGCCCGGGAUUUAAUCCCAAGAAUGCUUGUGGUUGAUCCGAUGAAGAGAAUAACAAUUGCUGACCUCCGUCAGCACCCUUGGUUCAAAAGUCAGCUUCCGCGCUACUUAGCUGUUCCAGCCCCAGAUGCAACAGAGCAUCUAAAAAAGCUUGACGAGGACAUCAUUAAGAAAGUUCUCAACAUGGGGUUUGAAAGAAACCAUCUGACUCAAUCACUUCACAGCAGAAUACAAGAUGAUGCUACAGUUGCAUAUUAUUUGCUGUUCGAUAACCAAUCUCGUGUGGCUGGUGGAUAUCUUGGAGCUGAACUUUCGGAGAGUGUGGAGGGUAUGCAUGUAGACAAUGUUCCGGACCAGGAGACAACGAACAGAUUUAGUCGUGAUACCUCAUUGAGGCCCAACUUGCCUGGUGAAAGAAAAUGGAACAUCGGAAUGCAGAUUCCAGCGAAUCCUCGUGAGAUAAUGACGCGAGUUCUUGAAGUUCUUAGAGACCUAAAUGUCAACUGGAAAAAGAUCGGGCUUUAUAACAUCAAGUGUCGAUGGGUUUAUAGCAUCCCUCAAUCUGAACCAAUCACAUCCCACCAGUUGUAUGAGAACCACUACAUGAAUUCUGCUAUUGUACCCAACAAUAUUCUGUCACAAAGUGUUGUGAAGUUUGAAAUUCAGCUUUACAAGACUCCAGAGGACAGCUAUUUAGUCGAUGUCCAAAAGAUCAACGGGCCACAGUUGAUAUUCCUGGAUUUCUGUGCUGCUCUGAUACUUCAGCUAGAGACCGGCAUCUUCUAAAGUAUAUAAUGUUACCUGUAAAUACUCUUUUUCUUUUCUUCAGGAUCUGCUUAUGUUAUAAAUAAUCAAGAAAUUCUCCCUUUCGCAUAUGUUUUUGAUUUGUGUAGGCCCUUCAUGUUCUAAACUUUUGUAUGAUGUUCUAACAAACUCUCUUUUCGGUCCUAAAAAGAACUUUGUAUCUUUUAGCGUUUAAAA